AUGAAAGAAUUGGGGAAAGAAGGAGAUUUAAAUACUUCUAUGGUGUUUGAGAUUGUAAGUUCAAAAAUCGAAUCUAACUUCUUCUUUGAGUUCAUGCGUCAACGGUGUGAUGAUGAAGAAAAGACAGUACCAACACUAGUAAAGUUUCUUCGCCAGGAAACCGAAGCCAGAGAAUUGCGUGAACACCCUCACACCCUCAUGAAAACCAAGUCCUGUCAUUUACUAGAACAGUCUAGUGGUAGCUCGUUCCAGAUAGCUACAACAUUCUCACAUCCUCCAAGUUCAUCAUACAGACAAUUGAACCAAGACCCUUGUCCAUUGUGUUCUAACACAGAACCUCAUCUUAUUAUAAGAUGCCCAGUAUUUACAAGCAAUUCUCCUGAGGAGAGGAGGAGGAUGAUUAAAGAAUCUAGAAGAUGCUUCCUUUGUUUCAAGCCUGGUCAUGUUGCAGCUACAUGUCGGAGACCAGAUCGUAGAAGAUGCCAAACAUGCGGAUUAUACCAUCAUCGGUUAAUAGCCUGCCCCCCAGAUGUUGGCAUGGAAAAUACAUCCCCUAGUAUCAAGGAGGAAAAAGACCAGGCAGGAGCAAGUAGCUCAACAGGUACACUCAACUCAAUGUCCACAACUAAGAAUCGGUUUUCUCCUACUAAAUUUGUUGAGAUCAAAGACAAAUACGGGAACUGGCAGCGCGUGGUCGCAUUUUUCGAUAGUGGGGAGGACACUACAUUAAUACGAUCAUCUACCGCUGGGCUGUCAGGAGAUCCAUUUGUCUUUACUUUUGGAGUUGCCGGUGGAGGCACAGUCAAAGAACAGAGUUCGAGAUACAACAUUGAUGUUAGAUCCCAUGGAGGGUCUCAGAUUUAUCAGCUAAUUGCAUCAAGUGUUCAGAAACCAGCGCAUGAUAGCCCAAGCAUAGAUAGUGAUGUUUUCAUAAAAUACCCUCACUUGGCUGUUGCACAACACUUCACACCAUAUGAAGGGGCCGAGAUAGAUUUAUUAAUCGGAUAUGAUUACCACUGGUUGACAAUGCCACUGGAGAUAAUAUACUCAACAACUGAUCCAACGAAUCAUCCUGCAGCUGCUAGAAGCCUUUUGAGAUGGACUAUGUUUGGAACAUCACUCCCCAAGCCAAUAUCAGACUUGACAUCUAGGGUUACAUUCCUUCGACAUAUGGAUGACAUGCAACUGCUGUUUACCUCUGAUGUUGUUGGGGUCAAACCAACUACUCUGUGUACCUGCACCGACAAAGAAGUUGCAGAAGCUCAAUCUAUUAAACAUUGUAGGAAGAAAUUGCAGCUUAAUAGUGCCGGUAGAAUGGUCAUUGAGAUGCCAUGGAAGGAAGGAUUCCCAGGACUCAUAAACUGUAAUCGAGCACAGGCUGAGGCUUGCAUGAUACGUCAAGAAGCUAUAUUUGCUAAAAAGGGAAAAUUGGCAGAGUAUGAUAAUGAAAUCCAGAAACUCCUUGAUAAUGUAUUUGUGAGAAAGCUAUCACCACAUGAUGGAUGGUAUCUGCCACACCAUGCAGUGUACCAAGCGCACAAAUCAAAAAAGGUAGUUUGGAACUCUGCAGCCAGGUACAAAGGUCUAUGCCUAAAUGACGGAAUUCUGAAAGGACCAGACUUACUCAAUUCUUUGGUGAAAUGCUUCUUGCAUUUCAGAAAGGAAAAUGUAGCUGUUGUGGGAGAUGUGAAGAAGAUGUUUAAUCAGAUAGCCCUAGCUCCCCGUGACCAGAUGUUUCAUAGAUUUGUUUGGCGUUUGGGUGGUUCUGGUACUAUUAAUCACUUCCAAUGGUUACGACUGCCUUUUGGUGACAAACCAGCACCUGAUAUAUCUAUGAUGGCCGUCAGAUUGCUAGCUGAAGCAUCAAAACAGUCUGAACCCGAGGGAUACAUUCGAGUAACUAACAUGAUGUAUAUGGACGAUAUUACUGACUCUUUUACAGAUCCAAUGUCCGCAUCUAGGGCAAUCAACCAGGUAGACCGGAUUCUUACAAAGAGAUCGUUUACAAUCAAAGAGUGGCACUCAAAUCACCAUAGAGUUGACCAGUGCCCAGAGGAACAAACGACGAGAGUAUUACGGCAUCUAUGGGAUAAGUCAAGAGAUACGAUAACCGUCCAACUGGACCAAAUAUGUACAAAUAUCAGUACACUCACAAAGAGGAAGGCUGCAAGUUUAGUUGCCAAGCUGUGGGAUCCAUUAGGGUUACUGUCGCCCGUUAGCAUACGCUAUAGAAUCGGGCUUCAAGAAAUGUGGUCAUCUGGUCUUGGAUGGGAUGACAUUCUUGAUGAAGGACAGACUGAAAAAUGGAAAGGAUAUAUACAGGAAAUGAACCAACUCAUUGCCUUUGAAGUUGCCCGUAAGCUGAGGCCUCACAAUUCCAUAGGUAAACCCCAACUACAUGGAUUCAGCGAUGCCAGCGAAAUGGCAGUAGGUGCAGUAAUAUGGCUCAGAUGGAAAACAACCGAUGGCAUACAUCUGUCAUUCAUAAUAGCCAAAGCACUAGUUGCUCCAUUAAAGAAACGGUCGAUACCGAGACUAGAGUUGACGGCGGCUGUCAUCCUUUCCCGACUGGCUCUGAUUGUUUCUGACACCAUAGGUUAUUUAGAAUCGAUGCGAUUCUGGACAGAUUCUGAAGUUGUGCUCUCAUGGGUAAAGUCGCCUGCGAGAACUUUUAAACCAUUUGUGUCGGCCCGUAUACAGGAGAUUCAGGAAAGUGUUCCUAUGUACAGGAGGAUUUUUGCUAUAUACCCUCAAAUCUUAAUCCAGGUGAUGCCUUGA